GAGUCGGAGAAGACUGUUGACAGUUGGUAGGACUGGGUUAGGUUAGUUGAACGAACACUUUCACUUUGUAGUUAAUUUAUCGAUCGACCAAUAUUCACAGUUCAACACUCCGAGAGGGCAGAUUCUUUAUGAAUCUAACAAAGACACUCUGCCGUCACCAUGCUGAACACAUCCAGACUUUGCCUUUGUUUGUUGACUGUGUUGGGAACUGUUUUCUGGGGAACUUGCUCACCGGAGGCUAACCAUCAAGGUUUCGACGAGGAUGCUUUUUCCAUCGAGCACUCGAGCUCAGGGAGCUGUCUGGACACAGUAGCUUCGACAAAAUUGAGUCUCGCUUCCUGUGACCCAAAGAACAAGUCCCAGCGAUGGAAGUGGGGUUCUGGUCACCGGCUGUUCCACUUAGACACUUCCCUCUGCUUAGCGUUCAAUGUCAGCUCCAAGUCGUUGUACCUGGCCGACUGUGGCUCAAACAUCCUGCUGUGGUGGCGCUGCCUGGAUGGGGCUGUUUACACUGUCUAUCAGAUGGCCCUGGCAGUCAGUGGCGGCAAUGUGGCAGCCAAACGGGAGGCUAAUGACAGUUGGGUAAGAGGAGGAUCCCAGGACAACAUCUGCCAGAAGCCGUACCGUGUCGUCCACACCACCAAUGGGAACUUUCCUGGCAUUCCCUGUGAAUUCCCCUUCAGACACAAUGGCAGCUGGUAUCACGGCUGCCUCCCAGAUGAAGAUUCCCCCGGACUGUCCUGGUGUUCAGUCUCACCGGACUAUGACCAAGACAGAGAGAAGGGACACUGUCUAUUACCUGAGACGGGUUGCCAGACCUUGUUUGCUGGCCCGGAAGGGGAUUCCUGCUAUGAGUUUGUUUCGAGUGUUGCAGUGAGCUGGCAUGAAGCUCUGGAUUCAUGUCGUAGUCAAGGAGCUGAUCUGCUCAGUGUGUCUGAGCCCAAUGAUCUCCAGUCCAAGACCUUUUUGGAUGGCCUCGACAGAAUGCCUGAGAGGAUGUGGAUCGGCUUGCACCAGUUAGACACGUCUAAUGGCUGGCAGUGGUCCGAUGGUUCCCCUCUCUCCACCCUGCGCUGGGAAACAGGAAUGCCGUACACCUCCAGUAUUCGUGAGCCUGACUGCGGAGUCCUGAACUCUAAACAGAACUACGAAUCUGAGUCAUGCAACCAUCAACUACCAUACAUCUGCAAGAAGAGUGUCAACGCCUCUGUCACAGAAACCACUGGCUCUUUUGUUUACAGUGAAACAGAGUGUGCAGAGGGUUGGGUCCCGUGGAAUGGCUGGUGUUACAAGUUAUUAAAAGAUAAACCACAAAACUUUACAGAUGCCUAUAUGUACUGCAACCACACAGAGGGGGGGGGCUCUCUGGCCAGCCUCCACUCCAUUGACAGCAAAGAGAUGAUCAGCACUAAUUUCCACGCAGGUGGGCAGUUGUUGGAUGUGUGGAUCGGGCUGGUCGGUGACGGCAUGAACCCCACUGUGUUCAAGUGGAUUGACCAGGCCCCUGUCACCUUCACAUACUGGGACCGGAACCAACCAGUCCAACCCAGUGUGGAGACCAGCUGUGUGUUCUACUCUGGACAGGCUCAUGGUUGGCAUGUCGGGGACUGCGGACAGAGGCUACCUUUUAUGUGUCAGAAGAAAGGGAACGUCAAGGAAUCAGCGACACAGGCCGGAUGUCCCGUUAAGGAUGGCUGGAAGCAACAUGGAAACUCCUGUUAUCAAGUGAACACCAAACAAGUGCCUUUCAAAGAUCGCUGCAACAUCACUAUAAACAACAGGUUUGAGCAGGCCUUCAUCAGCCGUCUACUUGGAGAGCACAUCACCAAGGAUCCUCAGUUUUUUUGGAUUGGACUGCAGGAUAUUAAUAACACAGGAGAGUACCAGUGGUUGAGCCAGGACGGGUCCCCGAGUGACGUCACAUACACCGACUGGGGCGCGUUCGAACCAAAUCUGCAUGGAGGCUGUGCAGUGAUUUCAACUGAAAAACCCCUGGGCAAGUGGAGGGCGAUGAACUGUACCAACUUUAGAGCCGGCACUAUUUGUAGACGAGACCUCAGUCCACCUCCAGAACCAGAACCAGAACCAGAGCCGAACCCCAAUGCAAAGUGUCCUAAUGGAUGGGUGUCCACGUCAAAGACCAAAUACUGCUACAAGGUGUUUCAUGAGGAACGGCUGAGUAGGAAGCGCUCCUGGGAGGAAUCUCAACUGUUCUGUGAGGCCCUGGGAGCCAACCUGCCCAGCUUCACAAACAAUGAGGAGAUGAGGGCCCUGCACAGCAUAAUGAGGGACAGCAUCAGUGAUAAUAGGUACUUCUGGGUUGGCCUGAACAGGAGGAACCCAAAUGAUCGCUCCUGGGAGUGGAGCGACGGCAAGCCCGUAUCUAUGAAUGUGUUACAACAAGAUUUCCAUGAGGAUGAUGCAUACAGUCGGAACUGCGCUGCAUUCAAGACAUCGAGGAGCAGCUUAAAGCACCUAAUUGUGUUCCUGAUGCACGACUUAUCCCCCGCACCUUUCUUUGCCACGCCAUUUCACUGUGACGCCAGGCUAGAGUGGGUCUGCCAAAUACCCCGUGGAAAGACACCAAAGAGCCCAGACUGGUACAAUCCAGACGGACACCAUGAGACAUCUAUCUUCAUAGAUGGAGCAGAGUUUUGGUUUGUUAAGGAGCCUAAGCUGACAUUUGACGAGGCACAGCUCUUUUGCAGAACCAGUGACAGUAACUUGGCUUCACCAAUCAGCUCCUCUGCUACUGGAAAGAUCCAGAAGUACAUAAUGUCGAGUUCUCCAAAGGAGAGCUGGUGGGUCAACUUGGAAGACCCCAUGUUGCAACCCCGUAUUCCCUUUUAUCAUACAGCUUUCCUGGGCAGAUGCACCUCCAUGAGUGCUGAAACUUUAUUUAUAAAGCGUGAGCGCAGCUGCGGUCAACGAUUUCCUUUUGUGUGUGAGAGACACAACAUCACGUCAGUGGAGAUAAACCCUCUGGAGCCUCGACCUGAAGGACAGCCCUGCGGAAAUAAGUUUCAGCAGUUCAGAAAUAAGUGCUACACUGUGAUGUCAAGCUGGAAGCCUGUGACGUUCAGAAUUGCUAAUGAGGAUUGCCAGUCAGUGAAGGGAACCCUGGUCACUAUAUCAGACCAGGUGGAGCAAGACUUCCUCACCACCCUGUUGCCGAGUGUGAGAUACAUGGAAAGGACAUGGAUUGGUCUGAAAAUCAGACAUCACGACCCAGAAUGGGUGGACCAGUCCCCAGUUAACUACUUCAACUUCAACUCCCUGCUCCUGGGCAUGCACAAGGCUAUAAAAAUCAACAAAUAUGACGAAGAGAGUAUGGAUUUGUGUGUGUUUAUGAUCAACAACCCAAACUCUGCCAUGCUCGGUACCUGGGACUUUACUUCCUGUACAGAUCAUCAAAACCUGGCGGUCUGUCAGCACUAUGCAGAUAAAGCGGAAGGGCCCCAUGUCCCAACAGAGCCCUUCAACGUCAAUAACCACACCUUCCUGCUGCUUGCACAAAAUCUCACCUGGUUUGAGGCCUUAGAGCAGUGUCAGAAGCACAAAAUGGAAUUGGCCAGUGUGGCCGAUACCUUCUUGCAGGCCACCCUCACUGUGCAUGUGAGCCGUGCACAAACACCCAUGUGGAUCGGCCUCUUCAGUGAAGACGAUGGAAUCCACUACCGCUGGACGGACCACAGCCACACUGUGUUCAGUCGCUGGUCUUCUGAUGUCACUAGCGGCCCAUGUGUCUACCUCGACACCGAUGGCUUCUGGAAAGCCACCUUGUGUGAGGACCAGCUAGGAGGCGCUAUCUGCCACAAACCACAUGAGGAGAUCAUCACCACACCAGAGGAUGUCGCCGUGAAGUGCCCUCAUAAGAUUAAUGGUCCAAACUGGAUCCCAUUCAAGAACAACUGCUACUCCUUCCAGCUGGUCGCCACCAGAUGGGACCAGUUUAACCAAGAUCAGAUUCAGGAAACCUGCAAAAAACUUCAUGCAGAUGCAGACAUCAUAACCAUUCGAAACGCAGAGGAGAACGAGUUUAUUAAGCAGCAACUCCUACCGUUUCGAAACUUGGUCCAGUUUGUUUGGCUGGGGAUGUUCAAAGAUGAAAACGAUAACCAGAUGAAGUGGUAUGAUGGCACCAAUGUACAAUAUUCCAACUGGGCCACUGGCAGACCAGAAGUUGAAGGACCGUUUAUGGCUGGCCUCACCGUCGACAGCAGCUGGUUUUUCAUCUCAAAGCAAGAAUUAUUCCAAGAGUUCAAACAGAGGAGCAUUGUGACCUGCAAACUGGACAAUGAACCAAAACACGAGUACAACCAGUCACCCACGGACUUCCAACAUUACGGCAACUUAACUUAUCAGGUGCUCAACAGUAAGAUGACCUGGCACCAGGCUCUGGAGGACUGUAGUGAGCGUGGAGGCCACCUGGCCAGUGUCCACGACCUCCAGCACAAUGCUCAUCUGAAGCUCAUUGCCAAGACGGAUGGAUUCCCACUGUGGAUCGGUCUAUCGAGCCAAGAUGUCAGUGGCUCAAACUUUGAGUGGUCCGAUGGAACAAGAUUUGACUACAAAGCCAUGAUCUCUGACUCACUGCAGGCCCCUGUCUCAGACAAACAAGAGCCCAGCUGUGUUAUGGUAACCCCUUCUGGAGCCUGGGUGAGGACCAGCUGCAAUACGGUGGUAGAGGGAGCCAUCUGCUACACCACCUCCAUCACCACCUCCUCCCAAAGAGCCAGACAGCUGUUUUCCUCGGGGGCCAAUCACUGCCCUCAGAUUAAUGGCAUGUCGAUGUGGGUGCAGCACCAGGAUCUGUGCUACGCCUUUGAUAUGAGCUUCUACAACUACAGCGUGUACAGCAUGCAGAAGGCCCGGAGCAUCUGCCAGAGCAUGGAUGCUCAACUGCUGACCCUAAAAAGCAAAGAGGAGAAGGACUUUGUGUCAAAGCACAUUGUUGAUGACACCCUAAUCACCAGCCGUGUGUGGCUCGACAUGGAGCUCGAUACUCAAGGCCAGCCUCUGUCCUGGCAGGAUGGCUCAGCACUGGAUUACUCCAACUGGAAGUCUGAGGCUUUGGUUAGUGGGAAGAAGUCCAUGCCCCACUGUGCCGUCAUGAUGGCAGGAAACGAAGGAAACUGGACACGUGCCAGCUGUGACACAAGCUACAGUCGUGUUGUCUGCAAAACUCAAGCAAAGUCCGGAGGCUCUCCUGUGGCAUUGGGUCUCUUCAUCGUGGUCGUUAUCGCUAUCCUUUUAGCCAUCGGCUUCAUCGUCUAUAAGAAGAAAAGAUCCUACUUCUCUUCCACCGUCCGCUACAAGAGAACCUUUGAUGAAUCAGACGCCACCAGUAUUAUAACAGAAGCUGACUAAGUUUCAGCCUCAGGCAGUAUUUACGCGCCUUGUGUGCAUUUUAGUACUUUUCAGCAAGAGCAGAUGCAGCCUUUCCCUUUUUUAAAUUAUUUAUUUAUCAUGUUGAAGCAAACUUUCUCAAAUGAUGUGUGAAAGUGUAAAUAUUGUUAGAGAAUUGUAAAAAUCUGCCAAUUCAGUUUCUUGAUUCUGGGUUACCUUAGAUUGUGUUGAUUAGGAGCCAAGCGUUAUACAGUAUGAACAUACUGGGGCUGUUCUCGGGUAAAUGUUGAUCAAUGAAAUCAGUGCAAUGUUUGAGUUUUUAAAUUGUAAGGAGAUGAAAUAUGCAACCAGACAAGAUUCCCAUUCAGGCCUUAUUACAGGGGUUAAACUGCAGUGUUGAUAAGUGACUCCAAGCUAUUAGUAACAAAACAAACUGUAUAUACCAUUACUCAAUCUAUUCCAAUGUGGCUUCAGAUAAUUAAUACAUUAAUAGACUAAAAGGCAGGUUCACCUGAAAAUAUUUUAGACCUGUUUUUCUUUCACAGUUUUAUUUAUAUAGAGAUUCUCGUUUAAAUACUCACGAUACAGCCCAGAUCUCACUCUGAAUCGUUUCAGAGCUGGUUUUCUACAAUGGUACGCCCAAUACCAAUCUAUGAGCAAACACGAGGAAACUAAAGACUGUCAAAUUUAAAUGUGUUAUUAUUUUUGAUAAGAAACUUGGCUUUUGAGUUCUUUAUUUUGUUUUAUUUUGUUAACCAAGCUGCACUUCAUUGGCCCAAGCAAAAUCUAUCUUUUCAAACUUCAGCAAAGGAUUAAGAGUUUGCACUCUGGUCAAGAAGCUACAUUGUUUUUAUUUAUUGGACUGUGCCUUUUAAAUAAAUUAGGUAAUGUAUGAUUGAUGAAAAAAUCACUCACUGUGCCUUUAACAUCAUAACUUCAGAAGAAAUGGGAGGUUUUAAGCCACUGGGUAGUGUAAUUUGCUGUGUAUUACCUGAUUCAGUCGUCUUAUUAGUACCUAACUGUGUAUUUGUUCACAAUACAUUAAUGAUUGAAGGGAAAAACCUGAUCUUGUAGUCCUGCUGAUCAGUUUUGUAAGUGUAGACACUGGCUUGCCUAAAAAUGACGACAUCGACAAACGACAUCUAUUUGUAUAAAGUUUGUGUUAAUGUAGAUCUGACUCCCUAUGCACUUACUACUGAGCAAGAAUGCACUUUAAUAUGUUCCAGCUAUGUUUAAGCACAAUGAGGUUAAGGGUUUUAGAGACAUUUAAAUUGCACUGGCGUUUGCUGUGAAUGCUUUGUAAAUACGUUUUAAACUGAGAAUGAACCAAAGAUGCUGAGUUGUUUUGAAUGUCAAAAGCCUGAUCUUUCUUUUUAUUUUGUGGAACUGCGUCAAUACGGCUUGUUAACCCCUUCAUAUCAACUUGUAAACCAAAUGUAAGUGGGUUGGGUUUUUUUUUUUUACUUAUCACUCUUAAACAGGUCUAUCAGCUCAAUCAGGUACAUUAUCCUUCCAAUAAAAUUUCUCCAAACA